AGAAACCCAAAACCAUAGACAACCACGCCAAAUCUUCCUUGUAUCACCGUCUUCAACUCCCCCCAGCUCCUUGCGCAUGUACGCCCGAUGAGAGUCGCUUGUUUGCCUCAUGUCUCUUCAAGACCAACGACGUCUGAGAUUACGAUGAAGACGAUGAUGAUCGCAGAUGGACGUCGAUCAUCGUUCUAGCCGUGCGCUCCCACGCGACCGCGACGAUUAGCUCUCUGGUAAGGUAUUUGAUCCAUUCUCGCAGAGGAGAUCGAACGAUGGAGGGGCGAAGGAGGGAUGGAUCGGACGACGAUGAGAGCGUUAGGAGGUACUCGAGCAGGAUCGAUCUUCCGGAGAAGAUCUAUAUGAUGGUUCAGGUGAGGAAGAGCGAAGGGAUGUGAUUAAUGUUUGCGUUUUGAGUGAAGACUGUUUUUUUUUUAGAGUGUGGAGGGAUGUGAUUAAUGCUCUCAAGCGUAUUUCUGUAAAUAAAAUUCCUACAGUUUCCGGUUUUUUCCCUCUAUCCCAUUUCGAUCUGGGUUUUUAUUCAAGGCAGAUCGUGGAUGUAACAGGGGUGAAAGGUAAGUCUUAAAUGGUGCUUCUCGAAGACCCAGUUAUCCAAGAGAAGCGUUACCUUGAGACGUGGGGGGUAAAACAAGAUGGAGAAUGCUUCCAAGUCCAUCUCCGAGAUCAGCUUGGACGUCUACAAAUUUGUUGGUCGGGAUUCAGCUUCUGAAUCAAUGAUUAGUAAAGGUGAGAAGGUAAUGGAGAAUGAUAUGUUGAGCUUGAUCAAGUUGAUGAAUGAGGUGCUGAAAUUGAAUGGGAUUAUGGGGAUGAAGAUGUCAAACUACCGAGGAAAUUGCAGAGAGUUGAGAAGUAUGUAGAUACAGUAGACAUGUUGAAGGUCAAUAACUCCUCCUUGUCAAACUAUCAACACAAGCAAUCAAUGGACAUAGCCACAUAGGUUAGCUUCGAUUGAGCAGCAUCAACAACAACAAUACAUGCACUCAGAUGACCAUUAUGCAUCCUACCAACAUCAACAACAACUGUAGCAGUCAUCAAGGAAUUCGACUUCAGGGUCUGUGGUUGUUACCACAGAAUGGGAAACAUUUGAUUCAACACCAGGGAAAUCAUCGGCUGCGGUUCCUUCGGAAGCUGCCAACAAUACAAUUAACCAAAGUUCCCAUGGGAUCAGGGUUCUGAUUCUUUGUUCAGGGUGAUGCAUUAUUUUUGAAUUUAUAUUUCUUUGCCUUUUCUAUUCUUGAUAUAUUACUUUGUGUUGGUUUCUCAUGGUACAUGAGGAUUCCUUUACAUGGUGUUUCAAGCCAAAUUGGUAGACCCUUGCUACUGAAAUAUGUAUUUGAUUCCUUUGUGGUGUUGUGGUAGAUUGAGAGGGAAAGUUUGCAGCUUUACUUAAUGAGACGAUAACACUCUAUCCACUUAGCUUGGUGUGCUAACUACAAGUCACGGUUGAAGAGUCCAAGGUAUCAAACACCUACUAUGUAUUGUUCAUUUCUUAUGGAUGGUGCUGCGAGGGUUGGAGCACAAUUCCUGACCAGUUGCAAGUAUUUGUUGGUCCCUUUUGUUACUGUCCAUGUGUUGUUGUCUUAUAUGGGUGACUAAUGUUGGCAAUUAAAUAAUGCAUGAGGUUCUUUUACAAAGACGAAUAGCACUGGAUAUAAGAUAGAUGUACAUAGC